ACCCCCCAGGAUGUGCAUCCAGUCCCCACCCACAGCUGCUGGAGCUUGCAGGGUGCAGCCUGCUGAGCAACAAGUCCAGGACCAUCCUGGAUCUGGAGGACCUGCCCAUAGAGCUCUUCCCACCACUCUUUGUGGAGGCCUUCAGCAGGGGACACACUGAGGUCCUGAAGAAAAUGGCGCAGGCCUGUCCCUUCACCUGCCUGCCCCUGGGGACCUUGAUGAGGCAGCCACAGCUGGAGAUGCUCCGAGUGGCACUGGAUGGGCUGGACAUGCUGCUUGCCCAGCAGGAUCGCCCCAGGAGGUGGAAACUGCAGGUGCUGGAUUUGCAGAAUGUUCACCACAACUUCUGGAGGAUGUGGUCUGGAGCCGUGGUCAAUGCCUGCUCACCAGAGGCCAUGAAGAAGAAUCAAACAUCGAAACAUGGUGCAGCAAUGGCAGCUAAGCCGCCCUUCAAGAUAGUCAUAGAGUUGUGCCUCACAGAAGGGUCCCUGGAUGAAUUCCUGACUCUCUUGUUCCUGUGGGUCACACAGAGAAGGGACAGGCUGCACCUGUGUUGCAAGAGGCUGAAGAUCUUAGGGAAACCCACCCGCCACACCAGGAAGGUCCUGAGACUGCUGCAGCUGGACUCUGUCCAGAAGGUGGAAGUGCACUGCACCUGGGCGCCCUCCACCUUGGGUGAUUGUGCUCCUUUCUUGGGCCAGAUGAGGAACCUGAGGAUGCUGCAGGUCUCCCAGGUCCGCUUGCCUGCCCACACCUCCCCAGAGGAGCAAGAGCAGCUUCUCUCCCAGCUCACCUCGCAGCACCUGAAGACCCCCCUGAAGACCCUCUCAAUAACCAAUUGCCCACUGUCAGAUUCUGACUGGAAUCAUCUUUCCCGAUGUCCAAACACCAGACAGCUCAGACACCUGGAACUGACCGAUUUCAGUCCAGAGCCCCUCAAAAUUCUGCUGGAAAGCACUGUAGCCUCUCUGAAGAGUCUGGACUUGGAAGCUUGCGGGAUCACUGACUCCCAGCUCCAGGCCCUCCUGCCUGCCCUGAGCCACUGCUCCCAGCUCAGGGUUUUGAGCUUCCAUGAGAACCGCAUCUCCAUGUCAGCCUUAAGGGACCUGCUGCUCCACACUGCCAGGCUGAGCCAGUUGAGCAUAGAGCUGUACCCUGCCCCUCUGGAGAGCUAUGAUGCCCAGGGUAUGAUCCACCCAGGGAGAUGUUCCCAACUCUGUGCUGAGAUCACAGCAAUAGUGCUGAUGGAGAAAGACGGCCCUGGGUACUUGGUGAACAAUGAGGUUCAGCCCCAGGAAGUCAAGGGAUCAAACUGA